UUUAAAAACGUUCCGUGCGUCCCACGCAAACCUCGCAUCUUCUCCAAAUUUCUCUCCCCUCUCUUCUUACAACCACCAGAUAAAAUCUUAACCUAACUUCUCCGAUCGUCCCCUAACAAUGUCUUCUCCACUCGCCGCAAAAUCCAACCCAACGACUCGCUCCAUUUCGUUAAACAUCCCACACUCAGCUCGUCCCAACCGCCACCAAGAUCUCCGGUACAGCCUCUCCGCUGGUCCUCGUACGAACGAAGAUCGUCCGCAGUCUGGAAACGGCGUUGCCGGAAUCCUCUACAAAUGGAUAAACUACGGCCAAGGAUGGAAACGGCGGUGGUUUGUUCUCCAGGACGGUGUGUUGUCGUAUUACAGAAUCCACGGGCCGGAUAAGAUCUCUCUCUCCGUCGAGAUGGAUCGGAGAUCGAAGCUGAUCGGCGGCGAAUCCUUGCGGUUCAUAUGCCGUCAUAGCAAACGUGGUGAUGUGCAUAGUCCUGGCAAACCGCUCGGUCAAAUUCACCUCAAGGUCUCAUCAAUCGGACAAGGCAUAUCAGACAGCAAGAGAUUCACUGUAUUUACUGGUACAAAGAGUCUGCAUUUACGAGCAGCAUCAAGUGAAGAUCGUACAGCUUGGAUCGAAGCUUUGCAUGCUGUUAAAGAAACGUUUCCAAGAAUGUCAAACGAAGAGUUAAUGGCAACGACAACUAACGUAUCAAUCUCGACCGAUAAGCUAAGACAAAGAUUAAUGAAAGAAGAAGUUGACGAGACAAUCAUCAAAGAUUGCGAAGAUAUAAUGAAAAACAACUUCAUCGCAUUGCAUAAUGAGGUCAUGACACUUAAACAGUAUCAGUGUCAUCUUGUGGAUACUCUCAAGAACGUUAAUAGUGUACCAGAGCUCGAGUAACAGUUUUUGCAUGAGUUAUCUAUCUCGUCGUUUUAAUUUAUCAUCAGUGAUGUUUAAAGUUGUUCUUUUCAUAGAAAUAAAAUUUGCAUAAGAUGAGAUCAUUUAUUUUAUAAUAUUAUUAGACUUUGUAAUGUGGGUAUUUGUAAAU